AUGUCUACCUCAUCCAUAAGAGAAAAAGAAAAACGCUCUCAUUCCACUCGAUAUGAAAGCUCUUUGAAUGAUAACCCGAAUAGAAAAGCCAAGGAUCAUGAAAUUAGGAGUAAAAUCCAUGUGAAAGAGAAAUCAAACAAAAAACAUAGUCGCUAUCACCCUUUUCACGGAUCUCGCAAGAGUAAAGGACAUGAUACUUCUAAUUUUUACAAGAGAUCAAAAAGUUCAGAUAAUUUCUCGACGGGAUGCUCUGAAAGCUUCUUUAAUUUUCAAUAUACAGAGGUUCACAACGAAGUCGAUGAAGAACAAGAAUUUACGUCCUAUGACUAUGCCGAAUACAUUUCUGCGAAUACUCUUAAUGAAAAGUCGUGGCUAGAACAUCUUUUUGAGGUGAUGGCUGAGGAUGAUGAAGAUUUUUCGUCGACGUUUUAUGCAGAAAGUGACUUACACGGAGUGAACGACAUGUCAGAAGAAGAUUAUGCCAAUUACAUUCGCAAGGGGAUGUAUGAGAAGCAGCAUGAACAAGAGUUGAAGGAACAAAGAAAACGAGAAGAAAAGCUUAGGAAGAAGGAAGAAGAGAAAAAAAGAAUGAUGGAUAGGCUAAGAGCGGAAGAAAAGGAACGUGAAAUACGUGAACAAGAAAAGAAGACUCAUCUCAAGCGUGAAAAACGCGCUUUAUACUUGACUCGUUGGAAUCAAUUUGACGUUAAAGGGAACUCAAUAAUUGAGUUUAAAGAUAUUCCAUGGCCCGUUGAUGAUAUAACACAAUUGACGCGACAAAGUAUCGAAGAGUUUUUGUUAUCAGGAAUCAAAAGCGAUUCUGAAGUAAGGUCCAUACUACGUCGUGAGCAGAUACGUUUUCAUCCGGACCGGUGGCAUCGAUUUGUUAAGCGAAUUCCGACAGACAAGCAAUGGAAAAAAAUUAUGAAUACAGUCACGGAAGUUUCUCGCAUGCUAAAUGUAUUGAUAGAAGAAAAGGCGUGA